AUGCACCCUAGCACCAAUAAGCCUUUGAGAGCCAUUGUCAGUCCGGAGCUGCUUCAGAAUCGUGUAAAGGGUUAUGUGAAGGGUGUUCUAAGUGAGGAUUUGCUGACUCACACUGAGGUUGUACGCCUGUCAAAGAAAAUUAAAGUUGGUCUUUCCGUAGAGGAUCAUAAAUCAAGACUGAAGGAGAGAUUGGGAUGUGAGCCCUCUGAUGAACAACUUGCAACUUCCUUGAGGAUUUCCCGUGCUCAAUUACAGUCGAAGUUGAUUGAAUGUAAAUUGGCAAGAGAGAAGCUGGCAAUGAGCAAUGUUCGUUUGGUCAUGUCCAUUGCUCAGAGAUAUGAUAAUAUGGGCGCUGAAAUGGCUGACCUUAUCCAGGGUGGGUUAAUCGGACUACUGCGUGGGAUUGAGAAAUUUGAUUCUUCGAAGGGGUUCAAAAUUUCUACAUAUGUUUACUGGUGGAUACGUCAGGGUGUUUCAAGAGCACUGGUUGAAAAUUCCAGAACCUUAAGACUGCCUACACAUUUGCAUGAGAGGUUAGGUUUAAUCAGAAAUGCAAAAAUUAGAUUGGAAGAGAAAGGAAUAACUCCAUCAAUUGAUAGGAUCGCAGAAAGCCUGAACAUGUCCAAAAAGAAAGUUAGGAAUGCUACAGAGGCAAUCAGUAAGGUUUUCUCACUUGAUAGGGACGCAUUCCCCUCUUUAAAUGGCCUUCCAGGAGAAACUCAUCAUAGUUACAUUGCAGAUAAUCGCCUUGAGAACAUCCCAUGGCAUGGGGUGGAUGCGUGGGCAUUGAAGGAAGAAGUAAGCAAGCUCAUAAAUAUGAUGCUUGGGGAACGGGAGAGAGAGAUCAUACAGCUUUAUUAUGGUCUGGAAAAUGAAUGUCUUACUUGGGAAGACAUUAGUAAACGUAUAGGAUUGUCCAGAGAAAGAGUUAGGCAAGUUGGACUUGUUGCUCUAGAGAAACUGAAACAUGCUGCGAGGAAAAGAGAGAUGGAGGCCAUGCUACUGAAACAUUAA